CAUCUCUAUGGUGAAGAACGAACUGAUGUGGUUUAAUAGACUACUGAGCCCAGAUUAUCCAGAAUGCGCUGACAGAGAGGAGGAGGAUGAAGGUCAGAUCAGAGUCAGAGAAGGGGUUCUAAAGAUCACACUGACCACCCUGAGGAUGAUGAACCAGACAGACCUUGCUAACAUGCUACAGACCAAACUGAUCUCUGCGUAUCAACAAAAACUCAAAUUCAGACUGAAGCAGAAAUAUCAGAGAAUUAUUGAAGGAAUCUCAAAUCAAGGAAACUCAACACUUCUGAAUGAGAUCUACACAGAACUCUACAUCACAGAGGGAGGGAGUGAAGACAUCAAUGAUGAACAUGAGGUGAGACAGAUUGAUACUGCUUACAGGAGACCAGAGACACAGGAAUCCCCCAUCAAAUGCAAUGACAUCUUUAGUCCUUUACCUGGACGAGAGAAACCCAGAACUGUGCUGACUAAAGGAAUCGCUGGCAUUGGAAAAACAGUCUCUGUGCAGAAGUUCAUUCUGGACUGGGCUGAAGGAAAAGCAAAUCAGGACGUUCACUUCAUAUUUCCACUUUCGUUCAGAGAGCUCAAUUUGGUGAAGCAGAAAAAUAUCAGUCUCAUGGAGCUUCUUCAUCAAUUUUUCACAGAAAUGAAGGAACUGAAAUCAAUAGAUUAUAAUGACUUUAAAAUAAUGAUAAUCUUUGAUGGUCUGGAUGAGUAUCGACUUCCUCUAGAUUUCCAGAAUAAUAACAUUUUAUGGGAUGUAACAGAUUCGGCCUCAGUGGAUGUGCUGCUGACCAACCUCAUCAUGGGUAAUCUGCUUCCUUCUGCUCUCCUUUGGAUCACCUCUCGACCAGCAGCAGCCAAUCAGAUCCCUAUUGAGUGUAUUGACCAGCUCACAGAGAUACGAGGGUUCAAAGACCCUCAGAAGGACAUGUAUUUCACAAAGAGAAUAAAUGAUCACAGUCUGGCCAAUAGGAUCAUCAAACAUGUCAAAUCAUCCAGAAGCUUGCACAUUAUGUGUCACAUCCCAGUCUUCUGCUGGAUUUCAUCCACUGUUCUAAAGAAAAUGUUGGGUGAACCAGAGAGUGCAGAGAUCCCCAGGACUCUCACUCAAAUGUUCACACAUUUCCUGAUCUAUCAGACCAACCUGAAGACCCAGAAGUAUGAAGUAGAUCUUCAUCAAGCUAAAAAGAGUAUUCUUGCACUGGGAAAACUGGCCUUUGAACAACUGGAGAAAGGGAAGCUGAUCUUCUAUGAGGAUGACCUGAGUGAGUGUGACAUUAGUAUCAGAGAAGCAUCAGUGUACUCAGGAGUUUGUACCCAAAUCUUCAGAGAGGAGUUUGGACUGUGUCUGGGGAAGGUGUUCAGCUUUGUGCAUCUCAGCGUUCAGGAGUUUCUUGCUGCUUUAUUCAAGUUUCUAGUGUUUGAUCAAGACACAGAAAAUGAGACAACAAUGACUGAUUUACUGAAGACUGAGGUGGACAAGGCCUUACAAAGUGAAAACGGACACCUGGAUCUUUUCCUGAGAUUCCUUCUGGGUCUCUCUCUGGAGUCCAAUCAGAUUCUCUUACAAGGUUUACUGAAACAGACAGGAAACAGUUCUUACAGCAAACAGGAAAUAGUUGAUUACAUUAAGAUGAAGAUCAGGGAGAAUCCCUCUCCAGAGAAAUCCAUCAAUCUGUUCCACUGUCUGAAUGAACUAAAUGAUCAUUCUCUAGUGCAGGAAGUCCAAACAUACCUGCGCAAAACAGGAUUCAGUCGUCUCUCCGGAGUUAAACUAUCUUCUGCACAUUGGUCAGCUCUGGUUUUUGUGUUGUUGAACUCAAAGGAGGAGCUGGAUGAGUUUAAACUUAGCAAAUAUCAUAGAUCAGAGCAAUGUUUUCUGAGGCUGCUGCCAGUGAUCAAAGCAUCUAGAAAAGCUGAUCUGAGUGAGUGUAAUCUCACAGGUAAAAUAUGUUCAUCACUGGCCUCAGCUCUCAGCACAAACUCCUCCAGUCUGAUAGAACUGAACCUGAGUCUCAAUAAGCUGCUGGAUUCAGGAGUGAAGCUGCUUUCUGUUGGACUGGAGAAUCCUCACUGUAAACUGGAGACAUUAAAGCUGGAACACUGCAGUAUUGGAGAGGAAGGUUGUGCUGCUUUGAUUUCAGCUCUGAGAUCAAACCCCUCACACCUGAGAGAACUGAAUCUGACUUGGAAUAAACUUGGAGCCUCGGGAGUGAAGCUUCUCUCUGGUCUACUGAAAAAUCCUCACUGUAAACUGAAGAAACUAAUACUUUUGAACUCCAAUAUUACAGGCGAAGGUUGCACUGCUCUGGCUUCAGCUCUAAUAUCAAACCCCACACACCUGAGAGAACUGAAUCUGAACUGUACUAAUCCUGGAGACUCAGGAGUGAAGCAGCUCUCUGACCUACUGAAGCAUCCACAUUGUAAACUGGAGAAACUUGACCUUUUUAACUGCAGUAUUAAAGAGGAAGGUUGUGCUGCUCUGGCUUCAGCACUGAGAUCAAACCCCUCACACCUGAGAGAAUUGAAUCUGGGUGGGAAUAUACCAGGAGACUUAGGAGUGAAGCUGCUCUCUGAUCUACUAAAGGAUCCUCAAUGCAAACUGGAGAAACUUGAGCUGUGUAACUGCAGAAUAGGAGAGGAAGGUUGUGCUGCUCUUAUUUUAGCUCUGAGAUCAAAUCCCUCACACCUGAGAGAUCUCAAUCUGAAAUGGAAUAAUCUAGGAGACCCAGGAGUGAAGCUGCUCUCUGAUCUAAAGGAUGAUCUACAUUGUAAACUGGAGACACUACAUUUGUGAGGACUCAAGAAUAGAACAAUCCAGGGUAUGAAAAAUCUCUUAAGCUGCUGGAGUACAGCUACGAGGAAGGAAAAAAACAGCAACCAGCUGUAAAUCAGAUGCUUUUAGAGUGCAUUGAUCCAUCUGAGCAUCCUAAAAGACACCUGUGUAUAUUAGGUGACAGUGGCCUUUGA